GCAACAUAACAAUGAAGACGUUACUCUGCUCUGAUUCUUACACGUGUACGGGUGGAUCAACACCACUUUUUCCUUCACCUGCUCUAUAAAGUCAAGGACUCUCUGCCCAUUAAAAUCAUCCAAGAGCUUUGUGUGUUUGGGUGAAUUCAAUUUCCAUUGAAGCCAUUUUCCAUAGCUUUCUCUUUUUCUCUUUCUUUUUCUCAUCUUAAGGGAGGAGGAAUGUCUUGCUGCGGAGGAAACUGUGGCUGCGCCUCUGGCUGCAAGUGUGGCAGCGGCUGUGGAGGGUGUGGGAUGUACCCUGACAUAGAGAAGAGCACCACUACAACCACCACCAUAGCUGGUGUUGCACCACCAGUGAAAGUGGACUCAGAGGGGUCUGAGAAGAGCUCUGGAGCUGAAGGAGGUCAUGCUUGCGACUGUGGAUCAAACUGCGAGUGUGACCCAUGCAACUGUUAAGAUGACUUGGGUUCUAAUGCCAAGCCUCAACCAAAGCACCCUUAUAUGUUUAGUUUGAUAUUAAAAUAAAAUUAAAAAAAAAAAAUGUAUGGGUUUGGGUUUUUAUUUUAUGUAUUAUGAGGAUUUGCGGGUUAAAUGCAAUAAAAUAAUGGACUUGGUUUGUACAGGUGAAGUUUGUAUUUGUGUCUGCUUUGUGGGAUUUGGAGUUUGAUGAUGUAUGUAUGUGUGAAAGGAGGGUUGAAUUGUAUGGAAACAAAUUGAUGCAUAUGAAAUAUCUAGACGCCUUCAAUUGUGGUGUAA